CCUCCCGGGUUCAAGCAAUUCUCCUGCCACAGCCUCCCGAGUAGCUGGGAUUACAGGCGCCUGCCACCAUGCCCGGCUAAUUGUUUGUAUUUUUAAUAGAGACAGGGUUUCACCGUGUUAGCCAGGAUGGUCUUGAUCUCCUGACCUCAAGUGAUCCGCCCACCUCGGCCUCCCAAAGUGCUGGGAUUACAGGCGUGAGUCACCACAUCCUGCCUGCUCUUGCAGUUUCUUUCCCAAAGGUCACACUCAGUAGGGAGAUGAAGGCGGAAACAUCCUUGCUGUGGCUUUCUGGCCUCGGAGUAGGUUUUAGAGGAAGGGGCCACAGGCUGCCUAGUGCAUCCUGGCUGUGGGCAGCCCCUUUCCUGGAGCCCUCCUGCCUACCCUACACCUCCCCAUCUGGCUCCACAGCUCCAUCCUUAACCCACGCAAGGGGAGAGCAUGGGCAGUCUCCAUCCAGCAGCUGGGGGUUCUGGUGGCACUCCGUGUGCUGCUGCUGGCCUGUGGGUCUGCCCUGCACCCAAGGGCCCCAUGGCCCAUCCCCCCACCAUGCCCAGCACCAGAGAGGUUGGGCAGACAAGACCUGGGCUGUGCCAGCCCUCUGUGCCUCGGUUUUCCCACUGGUUACACAGGAUGGUCGCAUUUCCCCUGCCUACCUCACAGAGCUGUUCUGAGGGUGCAUGGAGGAGCACUCUGUCCCACCAAGGACAACUAGAAACCAAAGCCAUCUGACAGCCAGUGCGGUAAGGGUGGGGGGUGUGUGUGUGAGGUGUGCACACCCCCUAGACCUUGGCCCUGCACUGGCCUCACAGGACAGGAGACAACCCUUUGUAGAGCUAGGCUCAGCCCCAUCAGUCUCAAAGGUUAAGCCAUCAGUCACCACAGAGGCGCCCCUCAGACCUGGUGGCCACUGUCCACUAUUACGUAGACAGACCCCACCCUUGCCCAGGCCAGUCGUGGGCCAGUCCCGCCCUGCAGUCUGGCCUGCUGCCUUCCUCUUCCAUGUUGGUCCCCUUGGCCACUGUCUCUGGGCACGCAGGCCAGUGUCCUGGUUCAGUGCCUCGGCCAGAGCUGGGGCAGGAGAGGGGCCUCUGGAUGAGAGCUGGGGUCUCUCUGCAGCGGACUGGCAGCCUUGCCACACUGUCCUCAUUCCCAGAUGGAAAGACCUGAGUGCCUCUCACCUUCCUCCGGGAAUGAAUUCCUCUUGAAAAUGACCAGGCCACUUCUUCCGAGGGCCAGGCUGCCAGACCCACUCCUGUUCCUGAGCCGCCCUCUCCCCGAGACCUGUCCUGUCGUCUGCGGGUGCGCAGCCUGCAGGGGACUGAGCGCUGGGCUUGCUGGGCACCUCUGGAGUCUGACCCUGCGGGCCAGAGGCACCACUGUAGUUUCUGCAGACCCCCAUGCCGUUCAUUGUGCAUUGUUUGGUUUCUAGGAUGUAUGUGUUGCUAGUUUUUCUUUUUUUUAAUGAAACCCGGGAUUAAUGUAAAUAGCUUUUUGGGGAACGGAUUCUAAUGUCACGUAUGUGACCGUGUGGACUAUUUUAAGGUGCUGAUGCAACACUAAUAAACCUGGAGGGGCCGGCCCCCGCCUGCAGUGUGAUUCUCUCGGCCGUCCACCCCUCGGGGGCACGCGGCGGAGCAGCGCCUCCCUCCCGCCCACUCACCCUGUCCUGGGUCCGCCCCGCCCCGCCACAGCCCUGCAACCCCGCGCGGGGAAGUGGCCCGGGCCGAAGCGGUAUCGCGCCGCGGGAAGGACGCAGGUCCGAAGGGGAAUCGGGCCGACAAACCCCAAGUUCAGGUCUGUGCUUCGGAAGAUCCCGGAGGCCGACGCCCGGAAGGGCCCGCGGGGCGGUAGCGGCGAUAGACCCGCUUAUGCGCUGGGGACCCCGAGGCCGCCCCCGCCCCCCCCAAUGGAGACCAGAACGCAGGCGCAGCGCAGACCGGAAGCGGAACCGGCGGAGCGGGGCCGGCCGUAGCGGAAGUUCCGGAGAGAGGUGCCGGCCCCUUGGGCCUUCUCCAGCUGCGGUGGAGGCCUCCGGUUCCCCUGUGGCCCCUCCAUCUGUGGCGGGCCUGCUCCUCCCUCUAUCUUCGGACGCCCGCGUACCCCCCCCCUCUGACCGCCGUUCCCGUGUGCCCCGCCCCCCGCCGAACCCCUGAGUGCCCCCGGCCUCCAGCUUGUGUCCUCCUGGGGCCUCCUCCCCCGUCCCUCCGCAGACCUCGGCCGCGCAGACCCACCCCCUCGGAGAGGGCGGGCACGUAAGGACUCGGGGCUGGGCCUGGGGUGAGGCCUGGGCCUUGUAGAGGGGAGGUCUCAGGGUCGGGAGCAGGGCGGUGGCAAGAGCUCUGGGCCUUUCCUUGAGAGCGUGCCCGCCGUGCUGGCUGAGGACUGAUGCCCCUGGAACCGUUUGAGGGAGCUGGUAGAGGCGUGGAGUCCGUGCGGGAGGCUGCCGAAGGCUGACCAGGCUCCCGGGGUGGAGUCGGCAGGGGCAGAGAGGACAGUUCGGGAGGCUGGUGUGAAGAGCUGCGACGGGAGCUGAGGGGAUCCCCUCCCCCCAGAGGGGUCGGUGAUGCCUGACCAUUGACUGGAAGGUGACCGUAGCAGACCCUGACACUGCCACCAUCUGCCUCCAGGGACUCGGGUAUUGGUGGGCACACGGGUGGCCUUGGGCCCGCCCCACCUCAUGCUGCUCCUUCCCCCAGAUCUCAGAGGUGUGGACAAGCAGCCUACUAGGGCUAGAGAUGGACAGCAGGAAGCUGUCCCCCCAGGGGAAGAAGCUGGAGUCGCACCUCUCCCAAGAGCACAGGCGACCCCCACUGGGCCGGACAGCAGCCUGGGGCCAGCCCAGUACCCAGAGCAGCGCGCAGCAGGGACUGCAGACUCAGGACUGGGUGUGCGAGCCGCCGGAGCGCAGGCGCCCGGGCCGCCACUGGAGCGUCAGCAUCGACGAGCGCCGGCGGCUGGCCAUGCGGGGCGGCCGGGAGAGGCCGGGCGCCGCCGGGGCCCCGCUACAUUACAGGGACAUCGUGCAGAUGGUAGCCCAGCUGGUGUCGGAGGACGUGGACAAGGACGUGCUGUUUCCCCACCCGCUGAGGUCCAAGGAGUCCACCAACGCCUUCCAGGCCUUCCUGUCGCGGAGUGCGCCUUUCUGGCAUAAUGCGACUUUCGAGGCCCGGGCCUCGAGGUCACCCCCUUCCUAAGAGCCCGACUCAGCCCAUUGACCGUCUUCCAGUGCCUUUCCUUGGGGGCCCAGGGUGGGGGCAGCCUCUGCGCCUUCUUUGUGCCCCACCAGGGUAUCACGACCACCCAUGAUGGUCAGGCAGAACCUGGCUCCGGACAGCCUGCAGCUCCUGAGGCCUUGGAGACCGGGCUAGGGGCUAUCAGAGGCCAUCUGGGGAGGGAAGUACUGCCCCGGGGCAGUUUGAGGGGGCUCUGGCAAGGCCUGGGUAGCAGGAGCUUGCCCUCGGGAUGGCUGGGAGGAGGCCUCGGGGUACCUGGGCCUGUCUGAGGUGCACUGGUGUCCUGGGAGGCCCCAGUGGCAGGCGCUGCCUGGAGGCUCAGCUCCUUUGCUGGCCUGGUCUGGGGAACUGGGUACCUGCGUGCACCAGGCUGUGAGAUGGGCCAGGCAGACUUCUCCAGGGGGCAGGGUCUCACAUUGGGUCCUGCCUCUGAAGACCCAGAAGGGCACACGGGACCCCAGGGGUGCUGUGGUGGGGAGCAGCAAGCCCAGGGACCCAAUAGGGUGCCCAGCAUAGAGGGAGGCUGUCUGGAGGCAGAGCUGCCUCCUGGCCUCUGGACAGCGAUGCUGGUGGUGGACGAGGGCCAAGGGGGUAGCCUGCACAGGGGGUCUGAGCAACUGCUUACCUGUCAGCUCCAGAGUUGGCUGGAGCAGGGGCCUGUGGGCCGUGGUCCACUGGGUGACUGCCUUGUUUCCAGGCUGCAGGGCCCUCGGAUGGGUGGUGUCCCAGCUGCAUUUUGGGGAUACUAAGUUGCAGGAGGACUGGAUUGGGAGGCGGGGCAGGAGGGCUGUGAGCAUGGGUUCCCAGCCCAGGGUGGGUGGGGGUGGGGAAAGGGCCCCGGACUCCGUGACUGACCGUUAGGGGCCUGACUGGGCUUCUGUGGAGGUGGCUAAGUGGAGAGGCUUUGGGGCAAGCGGAGGUGCUCACUCCUGGGCCCCAGGUGAGGGCAGGAGCUGGACCUGUGCGGUGGCCUGGACCACCAGACACACUACAUGCUGGUUGUGCUGCUCGCCUGGCCUCCACCCCUCCCCUUCCCACUGCUGAGAAGCCACCUGACUGCACUGCCAGCCACCUGCUGCCCUGACACUGGAUCCCUGGCCCGACUUGAAUCCUCUGCACCUGCCUGUGUCCCCUUCUUACUGUAAGACUCAGUGAAGUUCCCUCCUCCUUCAGGAAGCCUUCCAAGAUUACACAGCCAGGUGCCCCCUUCUCUCCCAAGUCCUCUGAAUGUCAUUUGGUGCACCCUAGGGAUCCUCUGCAUUUCUCAGGAGCCCCAGGGUAGGUGGAUGGAGGGCAGAUCCUCCAGGGGCUGGAGCAGGUGUCCUUAAGGGUGUGGUGAGUUCUGGGCAGGGCAUUGGGGCCAUAAUGACCCACCCCCUCUGAGGUCCCCGAUGAUGAUGUGGGGAAUGGGGUCCUAUGAGCCCAGCUCCAUGCCAGGCAGGAAGAUGCAGGUGAGCCCUGCAUCCCCAGGUGUAAACAGGGCAGAGCGGAGCUGACAGGUAAGCAGUUGCCAUGGGGGUGGCGAGCUGGGCAGUCCUCUGUUCCUGGGUGGCUUUGAAGGACCCCUCAUUGUUAUGACUGUGACUUGGGGAUGGGCUGGGCUCAUCCCGCCAGCUCUCCUGCUCUCGUUUGGGUGUCUCCUGAGGCGGCAGUCAGAGGGUGCUGGUCCAGGACGCUGGCGAUGCUGGGAUGGUUGCCCUCUCUGCUCCCUGAGGUCUCCCUACAGAGCACCUCCCCCAUGGCGGCAGCAGAGACAGAAUCCUGGCCUCCUUCAGCCUGAGGCCCAGAGCUGGCCUCCUGGUGGGUAAGGUGGCCACGGGGCCAGCCGGCAACAGGGUAUUGGCACUGAGAGGCACAGGCCUCUCCAAAGAGGUGGUGCCAGGACAGGGGCAGUACCUGGAGACUGCCUGGGUUGUCACAACUGGGAUUUGUGUGCUAGUUUUCUGUAGCUGCCAUAAAAAUUGCCACAAAUUCA